CGACCGUAACCGACCGGAUUUCAAAAAUUUCGUAAUCGAACCGUGUUUAGAGAAAGCGAAGUUUAGUUUAUGUUAAUUAGGGUAUUAGUGCUUUAUAAAUUAGCAACAACAAAUCAAACAACAGCAACUAAAAAUAAUGAACAUUUAGAGAAAGCAAAGAAUAAAGAUUAUUCAUUGGAUCUUCUUACUGUAUUAUAA